UAAUUCCCAGUAGUUCUGUUCUGUUUCAUGAAUGUGCUGCUAUUUUGGCUGUUUGAAGUCAUGGGGUCUCUCCUAUAGCAUGGCUUUGACCGGCUGGAAAAUACAAUGCCACAUGCUGGAUGGUGGAGGCCGUCCAUUAGUUUCCUGUUAAACGCCCGGUCCCUCCUGGUAACCCUGUUUCUUAUACCAGUCCCAAGGCUCCAGUUCCGCUCCCGUGCCCACCUCCAGCACACCGUCUGUCAGUCUCCCCCGCUGACUUAGUCCUGCCCUUGCUCUCUUUCCUUCCUGAGUGUUCACGUCUUUGGGGACCUAUUUAGUGUGUUUAUCUUAAUGCUGAGGAUUUUAAUCACUCAUUUACAAGACCCCUAGCACCUUUAGCUAAUCAAAGUUUUUUUUCUCUCUCUCAGCACACAUUAUAUUAGUUUUCCUGUAAGCUCAAUAAACCCCAGCACAUCCAAGAUAGAAAUUAAAUUCCUGACAACUGUGUUCCUCCAUCUUUUUUUUUUUUUGUUGCGUCCCGUCUUCUCAUCAGACAAGUUGACACAUUUAAAAAAAGCCAAAGCGUAUUGCCAAGUUUGCUGUGAAGAUUUUGCCAAAUGGAGAGAUUCCAUUGUGAGAUUUGAUAGUUGGCAAUUAGGGUGAGACAUCCUGUGUGCAGAGUUGCUUAGCAUUUUCCUUGGCCGGGACCAGAUUGUUUAGUCUGCUCUCAUUGUGAGCUGUUUCUGAGCUGCACUUGACGGUUGUUUGCAGAGCGCUGGGGGAAAAUGUGAGAGGGGCCAGUGCCUUUUUCUCUAUUUAUUUAUUUUCCCCGUCCUCGGAGCUAGAAUCUGAUUUGUGUUCAUGUUUCUCUAUUCUCUCUGAGCGGUUUUUAAGUGUGGCUGCUGAAAUCUAGACUCUGUAUGACCUCACUGUGCGGCCUGUGUUUCAUUAAUGACCAGCCCUGUGGUUUGGGGGAGAGGAAUAUUUUUCAUAUGACACCGCCUUGCAUUAGCGCGGAGCGGCAGCUGCAGAACCACAAAACCAUCCAAUUUUGUGGCUUUGAAAGGUGUGAAAAGUUCAGCUCCCUAUAGCAAGCGUUGCAUUUAUAAUUAUAGUCCGUGUAUACGUGUGCCUGUAUGUGUCAAGGAGCGGAACUACUGAAGACUUGUAAAAGUAACAACUCAAAGAAAGAAAAAGUCACCUGCUUAUGAAACAUUUGUCUUUCAUUCUGCUCGGCUGAAGUAAAUAGUGGCAAUAUAUAUUUCAGAGUGAGACGUUUACACACUCCCAGGGUUGACAUGCUACGCCUAAGAGAAGCCACCUAAAAUAACACGCAGACAUUCAAAGUGGUGUAGGUAGCAUUUUGACAGCUUGAUUCAUUUGGAAUAAAUAUUUCAUUUCAACGUGGUUUCAUACUGUUUGGACCCUUAGAGUCCCUAAUACAAGCAUGUCUUUUUAAGUCUUUAAAAAAAAAAAAAAAAUGUUUUUAAGUGCCACAUCUGGCAUAAGAGGUAUUUCUUCGCAGAUUGAUUGAUUUCCCAGGCUUUGUUGGAAGCAACUCACGCGAGCCACACGGCAAUUGACUAAAAAGCAUGCAACGAUUCACAGACACACGUAGCAAGCCUCGCCACCCCUCCCCUCCAAAUAUAACCCCAGACACUAGACUACUGUAACUCUGUUUUGUACCUCGCAGGAUAUUGAAUAUCCAAAAGGAAACCUCGGAUUUGUCCCGUCCCCAAAAACAAAGAGCCCUUGUGCUGCCGCCCUCCGCCUCUCGCUCGCGCUCGCUUUUAAAACCAAACCGUUGCUGUCACCGUAACACAACAAACGCAACUCAUUUGAAUACACGAGAUAGCUUGUGCGUAUUUCCAGAUCAUCCCUAGCCAUUCAUCACUGCACUUCCGUAGCCCUGGCAGCAUUAAGUGUGGUGGCUGUCAGCUUGAAGGCAGGAGGUGGAACAGGGAGAGAUUGAGGUUAGUCACCAGGGCUCAGGGAGAGUGAACAAAGGAGAAGAUUACCUAAUAGUCCUGCUAUGUAUUUUGAAGUGGAGCCUGCUGUUUGUUUGGGGAGGUUCAGGGCUGGAUGUGCAGGGAGAUGUUUCACAGGCAGCUGAUGGGUACUUUUAAGCUGUCAGAAACACCCGCUUUGCCAUUCGUCUUCCCCAAUAGACGGCAACAGGCUACGACAGGGCCAAAGAGGCGAUACAGAGAGAAAGUUAAUGAUGUUUCCAGAGUUCGCAAACUCUCGAAAAUGUUGCCUCCAAGUAUAAUUGGGUGCCUUAUUGUAACUUAAAAGUCAGCCAUGACGAUGGUUGACAAGUGUUUUUUAGCCACUGAUGCGCACUCCACACACUUAUUUCGGGGUCUGGUGUUACGAGAUCUCUAAUGAGUCUGCUCUCGACUUGUAUGUGUUUUGUAAACAACACUCUUUGCAGGUUGUCACCGAGAAAUAAAAGUUCUAUAGUCUUAAUUACAUGCCAAGACUGCACACAACAAACUGAAACGGGGACAUACUCGUGCGCAUCUGAGGGUCAUUUGUGUAAUCUGUUGCAUCGUUUUCCUAAAUUAACCUCAUUAAGGAAACGUAGCGUUGGAAAGGUACACAGAUUUCUUGAUUUAAGGUUGUGAUACGUGCAACAUAUUGCGAGUAAUUCACCAGGUGAAUCAAUUUUGUGAACAAAAGACUUUUCUUACUUGGAUUUCUUAAAGGCGUUGUUGGACAGUAUGACCCAAACCAAUCUGUUAAAAACUUUUAAAGUGGUGUCACUGAAUUUCUUUUCCUUGACCCGUAAAUUGCAGUCUUCCUUUCUCCUGUGAUUUUGAACAAACAGUUCCAUCUCUCGAUUCUCUGAAAUCCCCGCCAGCCUUUUUCUGUUUUGAUAAAUUGUUCAUCUCGUCCUAUUUUCAAAGUCAUCAGCGAUUGCUUUUUUGCCACUCAGAGUACUGAACAUGGACGGCUUUUAAAGGUAUGAUAAGUGGCUCAAUCCUUGUGCUAAAGCAUUUUUUACUGAAGAUUUAAUAGCUACUGUAUAAUGAAUUAUAAUGUAUUCUCUCCAGUUGCAAAUUUCCUCUAAUACAGCUCUUCUGCCGUCGCAAAAAACGCCCAUCUGAAUAUUAUUGUGACCAGCUUUUUAAGAAUACAAAUCAAUUGCAUGGUUUUAAGUAGUUAGAUUCAUACUUUUUGUCAUAAAUUUCCCCCCAAUGCCAAAUUAAAUGGUGCUUGUACAACCGGAACAGCUAACCAAUUUCAAGUAGUGACAUCAUGGUCAGCUCCAAGUCAACUAUCUGUUUUAGUCGAAAAUACAACCGUUCAGCCGAACAUUUCAGCCUAGUUUGAACUCAUUGAAAAGCGGCAGGCUUAUGAAUCAUCUUUGCUGUUCCCAAUUUAAUGGAACAUACCUUUCAAUGACCGCGUGUACCCGCACAUCAUCAAAGUGAAACUUCACAAAGUUCCGCUUAACUUGUUGCCGAAAUAGUUUCUCGUUUUCAAGGAAAUUGCAGCGCGCCAGGUCUCAAGAAGUGUAUCGGGUUGGAAUCUUCCCUGAAGGAAAAAUUGCCACUUGCAUACUUGUCUUUGACCAAAGUGAAGCCCUCACCCACUCCAGGGGGAACACGCGCUGUUUAGGAAGAUAUAAAGGAGUAAUUUUAUUACUCGGUACAUCUCCCCCUCAGAAGCCAUUUCAUUUCUCCUUUCAGCUUCCACAGAAGCCUUUAUUUGAUCUCAUAUUCCAGAGUAUGACGGGCUCAAACCAGUCGGACUCCGUUUAUUUUCAUUUUGGAAAACACAUUUAGUGUUGGUGGGGUGGCAGUGGAUGGAAGUGGAGAGCAGGGGGUUCGGAUGUGGAAGUUUCUCUAUCACAUGUUAAUGUCCUCCUGCAGGGAUUUUAUUCCCACUGUGCCUGAGAUUGUUGGGAGCCAAAACUUUACAUUUAAUUCUCCCAAUUUGAUCAGUGUGUGACUUCCUUCAGUGUUAUCAAGACUCCUCUCCUCUCCACACAAACGCUUCCUUGCAGAUAACUGUUUAAGUUUGCAUCCAGACAGUGAGACCGAUACAGCUGGAUACCCUUUACUCAGUGCUUUGAAACUGCAGAUCAUUGCAAAUUGUGCGAUUUUAUUAGGCAGCCCACUUAGGCAGCCCAGAUGUAGCUGGUCACUCGAGAGCGAGACGUCCUCAUAACUUUGAGACUUUAGAGCGGCCGCAACACCCGAUUGUGGAGUCAAAAUUAACCUCCAAUCCCCAUCCGUCCUUAAACUCCACAUCUUUGGCUGUUUACCAAACCCUGGACCAGUUGCCUGGAAGAGCUCAGACUGUACCAGAAGUCCUGCAUUUCCUCUCCCUCUCUCUCCUAUUUAAUAGUGUCUCUGUCUGUGCCUGCAGCACCUACUGUAUAUCCUCUCCAGCCGUUUUACUGGUGACAGCACAAUGAAAACAUUUUUUGUGAAAAGUGUCGUUUCAUUGCUCCGGAAGUCCCACUCACCUAAAUAGUUCCUCUAUGUCUUGUGUGUCUCUCUGUUUUCUUUUCUUUUUCUUCUUUUUUUGGGGGGGGGGGGUCGUAGCCUCCACUGGGCUCAGUUCCACUCGAUGAAUUACCUCCAGAUGUAUUUCCUAUCCCCCCCGCCUUUCGCCCUCAAAUUAGUGGCUAGCAAAAAUUAGGUUUGAAUUAGCCACGGUGUGGAGAAUAGAGGAGUUUGAAAUUUCCAUAUAAUGAGUUUAUUAUUCUUUGCUGGAAUGCCGUUUUUUUCCUGAAUUAAUUUGAUCAGGGGGGCUUUUUAGGUGUUAUUGGUGUCUAGUUGAAUGGUGUUUUAGUCAUGAAUGGAUAGCCACCGUGUCAGCAGUAAGUCAGAAGGCCGGGGGUAAUCAGAGGACUCUGAAGUCCGCACUUCAGCAGAACGCUCCAUGCCUCAAUAGCUUCUGGAGAUGAUUCCCAAACCAUCUCCAUUAUCCAAUUCAUGGUCGGUAUUUAAUUUGUCCGUCAUCCCGCGUGGAAGUACUUUUCAUCGCUACUUGCAAAUGCGUCGGCAGGAUUCCUCGGGCCUUAGACGGCGGUUGUUGCUUAGCGUAUGCAGGUGUUGUGCUCUUUUGACUGCCAGUAGAGCUUGUCUUUCUGCCAUUCAACUGUGUAGUCACGGUUCUGGGAAUGAUAAUCUCUUUGGCAGAGCUUGGAGCUGUGGGAUCCUCAGACGCUACAGAUCACUGUCCAUAAAUGGGUUUCAGAUUCAUCACGAGCGUCUGAAACGACUAUUGUAUCUCUCUUCUUUUUUCUUUCUUUUAUUUUUUAGCUGUUCCUUCAUCUCGAUGACAUCUCAGUGGCCGGUAACAUUAAAAAACAACAACUCAGUAGCGUGUACGUUUCCCUGAGAAGGAAUCUAAUUUAAACUGCAACCGCCUUCACUGUAUGAUAGUAUCUACUACUGUGAAAAAAGGGAAGUUGUCUGCCAUGCUCUGCUCUUUCAUCUAAUUCCAAUCUGCUGUAUAACAGGUAAACUGCUGUGGGUCGCACUUGCUUGUUUAAAUUUACCCGGCUCAGCCUGAGCCUUUGAUUUCAGCAUCUCGUUUAAUUCAAAUGUUUUUUUUGAAGAAAAGCGUUUUUAUUUAUUUAGCCUUUUAUUUUUUCAUAAAGAAGUGGGGUUGGGCAUUGUGAGGCAGCUGUGGCGGUGGGAUAAUAAGAGGAGGCGCAGGGAGGGCCAAUUUAACCGAGAGUGUCUGUCGCUAGUCUACCGGCUCCUUUCGUUUCAAGAGGCCCGGUCAGCUGUCUUGACUUCUGUCAUUUCGAUCUCGUUUUAUUCUUCUGCUGUAAUGUAUACUUUAAUUCCCGCCCGCCUGCUGUCUGCGUGCGGCAGCAUGGUCUGCAGGAGCAGCUGGAUGGGGAGGUGCAGGUAUCAUUAAGCCUUGGAGAGGCACCAGCAGAACGCUGCUGAGUGCUAUAACGUGGCUCCUCGCAGCGCGUGUUGAUGUUUCUGGGGGCCAGCGAAUGUACAGCCUGGUUUAUUUUCAAUAGGAACCCGAGGCCGGGCUUGGCCGGAGAGUCCCCCCCCCCCCCCCCCCCCCCCCCCGACUUCUUACUCGGGCUGUUGAUAUUGAGUCAAGCAAACACUCUCUCAGGGAUGUCCUGUUGGGCACUCAGCCAAAGUCGUAUAUGGAAGUCACAUGUGGAGACUCCAGAGGAAGGCAAUUCACACCCAUCGCUAUAUUUUAUCCUUGCAUAAGUUUUGUGAAAAGCACUACAUAUAUAAAUAAUAGCUAUUUUGUCGACCGAAUCAUCGAGCCUUACAUUUGUCUCACUCACUGAUUUAGAAAUUGUAUAUUUCCCAAAAGGACUGCUAUUUCUCGAACAACAAACAAAAUCAUGUGUUAUUGUGAUUGCAGUAAUCAGGCCCCGCUUUACCUUCACUCCCUGCUCUCAGGUUUUUUCGCAGGUUUUUUUUACGUAUGCAAAUAUAUUUUGGACACUGUCAUUAUCAGCCACUUAAUAGGCAUUUCAUUUGGGAUUUUUCUGGAUGCACGGUGCAAAGGCAAGUUGCCAUGGAUACCCUGGUGCUUAAGUACAGUAUAUUAAAAUGGUGCUGCCUUCCAACCACUUAUAUAAUCACUGGUCCGUAAUGGUCUCUGCUCUCUGGCCAUAAGCAACACAUCGUGUGAUCAACAUUGCACCUCCUCACUAAGCCUUAUUUGUUUUUUUUACUGAUUUAUUUGUAGGCAGGACUAAGUGGCUCAUGAAUUGUGCUUGUGAAACACUUGUGUGACAUCUGAUGAAUGGUGUGUGCUCCGUGCUUCAUAUGUUUUUGCCCUUUGGAAACAGUGGUUAUCAUUGUGUGGGAGUUGUUCGGGGCAGUUGAGCACAUUUUAACAGACGGUGAAAUCCCUUUAUUUUGUCUGACUAGCUCUUAAAUGUGAGGAGGGAGGAGGGAGGACGGAAGUCAAAAGCUAACAUCAUUGAUGCUCUUGGCAAUUUGGCUUCAAUAAAUAUACAACCCCCGCAGUCAGAGAAAAGCCACAAAGUCUUUGUCUCCCUGCGCCAUUCUCUUUGUCUUCUGUCCUCACUCCACUUGGGUAUAUUUAAAAGGUCACGCAUCCUUUUUAUUUAAAACGCACACUAAGCGUUUUUCUCUUCCAAACUUCACUCAUUUCUGUCAUCAGCGUGCAACGUUUUAGGCUAAUGGUUGUUAAAGGAGUGAUUCAUAUGGCUGAAGGCCGGGCUGCCUCUGACUGACAGAGCUCAGGGCGGCGAAUGCACUUCGUGGUGGAAGUGUAGGUGGCAGAAACGGCGAGGGAAGCCGCUGUGAUGGGCGCUUGACUUUGUCUUGUGCCCCGGAGGCAAUGCACUUCACUGUGGCUUUAAUUGAAAAUGAAUAGUUAGUGGUGGUGUGUGUGUGUGUGUGUGUGUGUGUAAACUGUGAAAACGAUAGCGGUGCCGGGAGACGGGGAGCGACAUCCGCCGUCGUCGCGGCGUUGCGCUGCAUCGCAGAUCCACUGCUCUGCCGCUGCUGCUCCUGCCAGGGUUGGUAACCAGCUGCUGCCAGCCUCGCCCCUCCCCACUGUACCCACUACACAUGUCUAUCUCUCUCCCACCCCACCCCCCUUCUUUUUCUCUCUUUCUCCUUUCACUGUUCUGCUGCCGCCACAUCAGGACGCUGGUGGGCCUGUUCGUCUCCGUUGACCUUGGCAGCGGGAAAAAGCUGCUGGAAGAAGAGACAGAGGGAAUAAACACCUGAAGGGAGGAGGCACGCAAUUGUCACAGAUGUGUAGAAAUAGGCAUAGCGGUCCCCUAGUGAAGCGAAUGUUUCUAAGGCCAGGGGCCUCUUGUUUGUCUUUUCCAGUGAGGCACUCUGAGUAGUUUAUUAAAGGGGCUGAAGGAGCUUUCUAGCCCGAAGCCCUGAACGUUGAAAGAGAAAUGGGAGAAAUUACUGACAUAAUGUGGAUGCUUAGAGCAAUUAACAGCAGUUGUUUAAUGUUAGCCCCCUUUGCCUCUCUCUCUCUCUCUCUUGCUUGCAUUUGCUCUCUUGUCAUCCCCCCCUCUCUCUCCCUUUCUCUCGCUUGCUUCAACUCCCACCGUCUCUCCCACUCUGCCGAGAUUGUUUAGUGUUUACCCUUCCCUGCUUCAGAGCCCACUAAUGAAAAUGCUACAUCUUUUGGUCUGUGUUGGUCUCUAAAUAAUGAUAUCACACGGCUGAAAUAUGCUCCAGCGGAGCCUGGGCGAUAAUGUGCUACUCAGAGCCUUUUUAAAUCACGCCAGUGCACCGCUCAGAGCUGCGAGUUCAACUGGUCUUCACCCCGUGUUAGGGGCUACGUCUUACCCUAAAUAAAUCUGUCAUAGUUGCCGUGGGUGCCUCUCUUUUCAAACAUAAAAGUUCUGGCACUCUCAAUAACCUCUUGCUGUGGCUGCCUGUAUGCCUUUGUGUGCGUGUGUGUGUGGGGGUGUGUGUGUGUGUGUGUCGGUGGGCAGCUCAGAAUUUUAUUUUGGUGUUGCAUCUCUGCCAGAUUUAAAUGUGUGUCUGUAUUUGAUUAUACGUACAAACUUAUGUCGGCAGAUGUAAAAACAAAAAAAGAAAUAAACAACAACACAACUUGUAUUAAAUCUCUCAGGCCCAUGUGGCAGAGCGAGCUGGUGGCAGAUGGACUGGCUUUCUGCAUCUGCUGUGUGCAGACUGGGGGCUUUGUACUCCUCUCUCCUGGGGAAGGCCGAGCCUUUCUUCUUGCCAGUAGAUUCCUGUCUUUUGGAGCGACUAAGAAAAACAUCUGUGGGGAGGGAGAGAGGGAGGGAGGGAGGGAGAGAGGGAGAGAGAGAGAGAGAGAGAGAGAGAGAGAGAGAGAGAGAGAGAGGAAUAAAAAAGAAAAUGACAAAAUAAUUGGCAAACACCAUUAGCCCUAAAUGUUCCAGCUCAUUGCCUGUUGUGCAUUGUUUACAGAAGGGGAAACACGGUGAUGCAUCCCAUUCAGCACAUCUGAGCCCAGCCCAGCUUAAUUCAGCUCGCUUCCAGCUUUCGUCGGCUUCUUUAGCAGGCGGUGGGGACCGGCGUGUUUUUUAUUUGUGUGGUCCCAGUUAGAGAUACUGAACUAAUUCAUUCGGAGAGAAUUGUUCAAAUAAUUUAAUCCUCAUGUUAGACAUCUGCACAUACACGUUUGUGUUUUAUCGAGUGGUAAACCAAGCUUUUAAAAACUGUGGCAGAAGGGAAAUGCUGUGAAAUGUUUGUCAGCUUGUGUUUUUAACUUCUUUUUAUACAUUUUGUUUUUGAUCGAUAGAAUAUUAAAACCCAUGUCUUCACUGUCUUGAGAAUACAUUUUUAGUUUUGCCAGGCGUAUUGUUUCAUUCUUAAUGUACUCGGAGUGGACACAGUGGUGGUAGCAUAUUGGCAAAAAAAAGACUCAAAAAAGCGUGGUCCUUGUGUUUUGUAUAAGAAAAAGUGAGGGAGCAUGAGGCUUGUGGAGGUCCCCCACCACUUCUGAACCUUUGUGGUCUCCCUCCCCUCUCAGAUUCCUCUACAAAACGGCUCCUCUGAACCCCCGUUAUACACACACACACACACACGGUUCCACCCCCCUCACCAGUUCUUUGCCAACUCUCGCCACCCUCCGCCCCCUCCUCCCAGCGACCAGCCCCCCCUACCCCACCGAUCAAGCCACUGGUUUUGUGUACUAUUGGUCCUCCGGCGUCAAAACAAUCCAGUGGGGCUGCCCGACUUGUUUUAAUUAGGCAGCACUGAAACGGCAACUGUCUCCCAGACGUGACCAGGCAGAGGUGCUCUCCCCUCGCACUACUGUAAAUAUGGCUGUAAAUACUUCUCCGGUGAUGUCUGUCACAGGAAGCGUCAGCUAGUUUUCUCUUUACUUUUUGUCCCCCCCCCCCCCCCUUUUUUUCCCCCCACGUUUGAUGCUCUGAUUUCUACUUGCGGCAUUUCCCCCUCUCUGCAUUUUUGAUACACACUUACGCUUCCAGGCUUCUGAGAAUACUUCUUCAAAUGCUUCUUACUGGGAAGAGUGGAUUUCUCACUCAUUGUUUCAAAGGCCCUACAAGCAGCGAGGCAAUUACUCUUGCAGCAACCAGGCAGUGGCCUGAAAUCUCCAAAGAGCCAGGACAAGCAGCGUCCACUGCAGGUUCCAGUGUCAGUGGCCAUGAUGAGUCCCCAGGUGAUCACGCCGCAACAGAUGCAGCAGAUCCUCCAGCAGCAGGUGCUCUCCCCCCAGCAGCUCCAGGCUCUGCUCCAACAGCAGCAGGCUGUAAUGCUGCAGCAGCAACACCUGCAGGAGUUUUAUAAGAAACAACAGGAGCAGCUUCAUCUGCAGCUUCUCCAGCAGCAGCACCCUGGCAAGCAGGCUAAAGAGCAACAGCAGCAGCAGCAGCAGCUGGCCGCCCAGCAGCUCGUCUUCCAGCAGCAGCUCCUGCAGAUGCAGCAGCUCCAGCAGCAGCAGCACCUGCUCAACAUGCAGCGGCAGGGCCUGCUGUCGCUGCCCGGGCCCGCUCCCGGCCAAGCCGCCCUUCCCGGACAAACCCUGCCCCAGCCAGCUGGCCUGAGCCCAGCAGAGCUCCAGCAGUUGUGGAAGGAUGUGACCGGAGGCGGCGGUCACGCCAUGGAGGACAACGGCAUCAAACACAGCAACAGUGGCACUGGCAGCGGCGGGGGUGGCGGCGGCGGUUUAGACCUCUCCACCAACAACUCCUCCUCAACUACCUCCUCCUCCAAUCCCGCCAAAGCAUCGCCGCCCAUCUCUCACCAUUCCAUUGCCAACGGACAGUCCCCCGCCCUCAACCACAGAAGAGAGAGGGAACGGGAACGGGAAAGGGAGCGAGAGAGUUCACUACAUGAAGAAAGUGGAGGGACCCACCCCCUGUAUGGUCACGGAGUGUGUAAGUGGCCCGGCUGCGAGAACAUCUGCGAGGACUUCGGACAGUUUUUGAAGCAUUUAAACAGUGAACAUGCCCUCGAUGAUCGGAGCACAGCCCAGUGUCGAGUCCAAAUGCAAGUCGUACAGCAGCUGGAAAUACAACUUUCUAAAGAACGUGAGCGUCUUCAGGCGAUGAUGGCCCACUUGCACAUGCGGCCCUCGGAACCCAAGUCAUCUCCCAAACCACUCAACUUGGUGUCCAGCGUCACCAUGUCCAAGAACUUGCCCUCAGCAUCGCCCCCCAACUUACCUCAGACACCCACCACGCCCACAGCACCUAUCACACCCAUGGCCGCCAUGCCCCAGGUGCCAUCAAUACUGGGAGGAGCAAACGUCCCCAGUAUGGGAGCCUUGCGCAGACGCCACUCGGACAAAUACUCCAUGCCUCUGUCGUCAGGUGGUGACACAGUAUUUAUUUUUCCAGAGAUUGCCCCAAACUACGAGUUUUAUAAGAACGCAGAUGUCAGACCGCCAUUUACUUAUGCAACCCUCAUAAGACAGGCUAUCAUGGACUCUGCCGACAUGCAGUUAACGCUUAAUGAAAUCUACAGCUGGUUCACGCGCACGUUCGCCUACUUCAGACGCAAUGCUGCAACUUGGAAGAACGCUGUUCGCCACAACCUCAGUCUGCACAAGUGCUUCGUGCGCGUGGAGAACGUGAAGGGGGCGGUGUGGACGGUAGAUGAGAUGGAGUACCAGAAACGCAGGUCGCAGAAGAUCACAGGAAGCCCUUCACUUGUCAAGAACCUGCCCUCCAGUCUUGGCUAUGGAAGUGCACUAAACGCCAGCUUACAGGCUGCCCUGGCUGAGACCUCCCUGCUGGGGACCCCCGGCUUCAUGAACAGCGGCUCCAACGGCCCGAUGGGCGGCAGCUGCCAUGGCCUCCUGGGCGGAGAUCCGUCCAUCCUGACGGGCUUGAGUCCACCCGGACUGUUGGGCGGAAGUCCGCACGGAAUGUUGGGCGGGAGUCCGCAUGGACUGCUGGGUGGCAGCCCCCCAGGUAUGCUGAGCGGCAGCCCCCCCAACCUGUUGCACUCUGCCCACGAUGGUUUCAACGGCUCACUCGACCACCUGGACACCAACGGACACGGCAGCCCCGGAUACUCCCCACCAGUACACAUGCUUCCCAUUCACGUGAAGGAGGAGCCACUUAACAUGGAUGAAGAUGACUGUCCGAUGUCACUGGUGACGACAGCCAAUCACAGUCCAGAGCUGGACGACGACCGGGAGCUGGAGGAAGGGAACUUAUCAGACGACCUGGAGUGACUAGGAUGCAGUUUUUGGUCAACAUGUCCCUUCACCCAGCCGCACUGUUUCUCUCACACAAACCCUCUGCAAGACUCCAAACCACUCCACAGUCCAAGCAACCACAGCUGACUCUCUCUUUGUCUCUCUCACCACUGGGACUAUUUAUUGAGCAUGCAUCCGGAUGGAGACCGGUCCGAAGGAACUCUUUGUUGCAGCCCUUUGGGAUCCCCCACACAUGACAGGCAUGAGAUGUCUGAUUAGAAUUAACUCUUUGAGACCUAUUUCAUUAGACAAGGCGUAGCCACACACAGUACAAGGAUGAUGGACUCAUGGAUGGGGGGGGGAAACAUGAAACAAAUGAGCAAAUCAUGUUCCGUUGAAAGCUAGCGGCCUCAUAUACUGCCAAAAAGGAAGACGUUUUAUGUUUGUGAAUAAUCCAACCCCCCCAGUAGUUGUUCAUGUCUAGAGACAAUUGCUGGUUCAAUUCAAGUUGUUGCUCUGUUAUGAUUUGCACAGGAGUAGUCUCAGAAAUUUGUGUCACUGCCUGUAUGUUGCUACUAUAAUGAAAACCAGUAUAUUAUUUUUAGCUUCUUUUUUUUUUUUUUUUUAACCAUCGUUAAUUUCAAAAUCUGAUUUAUAGACACCAACAACUGUAAAUGCCAUUCCCUGAAUCACACCAGUCAUGGAAACGCGGUACCAAGACUGUUGUUGCAGCUGUCCAGAAAAAAUAGUGAAAAAAAAAAGGAAAGAAAAGUUGGCUUCCAGUCUAUUAUCUGUUUGUGAUUAAAAGUAAAAAAAACAAAAAAAACAACUGGAAAUCAAGUUGGGGGAAAUAGUAGUUUGUAUAAAGCACCAUUUACAAAAACCAAUGCAUUUCCGCAUAAUUUUCUUCUUGCUGUUCUCCUUACCUCCUCGUUCUAAAGCUUUGUCUACCUGCAAACAGUCACAGGCAACAGCUAGAAACCAAAGCCAACACUAGCAAUGGCCAAUAGCUUAUAGACAGAAGCCACCAAACUCCUCUUGGUCCGUCUUCUGUGACUUUAAACUAGUACAAAGAGAAGCUUUUGUUUCCGCAAACUACCUUCGAAUAACCUCUGGGAUUGUUUCAUUUAGCCCUAUACAAAGAUGAUCACGAGAUGGAGAGGGGGGGGGGAAGUAAAUGCUGAUUUUGAUGUGUAAUUUGAUAACUCAUUCAACGUCCACUUUGGAGAUUUUCUGCCAGACGUACUGUAGGUAAAAAAAAAAAGGUGAUGUGAUAUUUGAACUGCAGGCAUUUUUUUGUGAUUUGACUGGUAGAGAGCAGCUAACUGUAAAAGUGGAUCCUGACCAAAACAAAACAUUUGUGUAUUCAAUGGAAGUGCAGAAACAUUGUGUUGUUGUGAAGUUUCUUUUCUUUU